UUUUCAGCCGUGAACAGGACGAGCGGAGCUGCACUUCGUCCUCAUGCCGUCACUGGUGCUCUUCUUUCUGGCUGCUGCCGGAGCGUCGGUCCUCGGCCUGCCUCCCGGGCCCCGUGCGGCCGGGACCUGCGAGGCCCCGCUGCAGUGGGAGGGACGGUGGGUUCUGUACGACCACAGUACCGGCAGGAACCGGCGGGCCGCGGUUUCCUACGACAGCCAGAACCAGAGGAUCAGAGUCCUGCAGCAGAACAAGAAGCACACCCCGUGUGAGAAGUUCUUUGAGUACAUCUUCUUGUACCAGAGUAUGGUGAUGUUCCAGAUUGACCAGAAGACCAAAGAGUGCUCCAAGAUUGUGUUGACGGAGGCUUGGGAUCCCUUUGACAUCCCUAAUAACUCCACCUUUGAGGAUCAGUACAUCAUUGGAGGCCCUGGGGACAUGGUGGAGGUUCAGGAGUGGUCCGACAGGAAGCCGGCACGCCAGCACGAGACCUGGGUGGGCGUGUACACCCUGAAGGACUGCUACCCGGUGCAGGAGACCUACACCCGAAACAGCAGUGUCACCACCUCCACUCGCUUUUUCAGCCUACAGCUCGGGAUCAGUGACCCAGCUGUAUUCACCCCGCCGAGCACCUGUGAAUCAGCCCGAUCCGAGAGGAUGGCCGAGUACGACUGCUGAAGCGUCUCUUCGGCUGUGAUCAAUAAACAGGAUUCACAGGCA